GUACGGCAUCUCCUUGGAGUAUACCUAGUCGGUGACCAGGAAAAGUAUCUCACGAUAUGUCUUAGACCCGAAAGAGCCAUUCAAGUUCCUACUAGGGCUUGAAAGUCUGCGUAUAAAGACACUAGGGAGUCCGGCGCGUUCACGAUGGCAUCUCUUGUGAAUCACGACAGUAUCCCCCUUACCAAAUCCAUCGAUCAGGGUUAAACUCACUCGCGUUCACAAUGAAGUCUCUACUCCCAAUGCUUUCCAUGGCUAUCGCCGUCAGCGCCAUCCCCAACAUUACCGUCGUUCCUAAGCAGCUUUCAUGUAGCAACUGGCCCUUCUUUCGGCAGACAUCCAGUGUUGCUGGCCCGUUCAACAUCUUUGCUGACUCAACCGGCAAUGACAUUGACGGCAACAAAGCAAGCUAUACCACAAUCUCCGAGGCUACAAUUGCCUCUGCUUGGUUGGGCAUAAGCAACACUAAGGACGUGGCAGUUCCUCAAAUCCAAUGCCAGGCGUUCGGCAGUGCAGAGAUGUUAGCCGUAAGCUUGAACGGCCAGUUCCAGCCCCUCAGCAUAUCAGAGUACUCUUAUCACGAAUAUGCCGGUUUGGUCUUCGCGAAGACCGUGACUCGGGGCGCUCCCAUCGAACCUCACUGGCAUUAUUACCCUAACGGCACACGGCAGGACGGUACGUUUCUGGGGUGGAACAACUUCACGACGUGGGCGUACUUACUCGACGAAGCGUCUGAGAAGUACCGAAUCCGCCUCUUGACGAACACGUCUCAGAAACUUUUAGACAAGGAGUUUACCGGCUUCGUACGAGCUGGCUUUCCAGGUCUAUCCAACUAAAUAGUUACUGCUCCUAGGGUUUCUAGCAAGCAAAGGCUUGGGCAGCGUAAGAAGCUGCCCUCUAAUGUCUAGUUAAUGUGUUUCCGCUUUUUCAAGCUAGCUAUUUGAUGUCAUUUGAACACCAACUAUGCAUUAGACCUGUUGUAGUGACGGGCACUUAUUCCAAACUAAAGUUACCUGACUACCCGUUGAUAUACCUACCUCCAUAUCAAAUUGGUUUGAAGCGAUGCUCUGCUAAUGCCGGGAGUUAACAUAAUAGACGGCUCAGUAAUUUCUCCUCAUGC